AUGGACACCGAAGCCAACAUGUCCCCCCUUCAGUCUAUCUUCGCCGAGUUCCGCAACGAGCUUGACGAGCACCAUGAUCGCCGAGAGCGCGUCGUGAAAGCCUCCAGAGACAUCACAGCGUUGAGCAAGAAGAUAGUCCGUACUGUGAAUGCGCCAAUUCCGAAAAACAUCGCGAAAGAAACAGAGAAACACUUAACACAAAUUCAAGAGCUUUUUAAAUCGAUCGAAGCAGAUGUCUCUGGGGUCAACGCUUGGCGAUACAAUCAAAUCACCUGGGGAAUACAGGAGUACAUCGAAGCUAUAUCAUUCUAUCGAUAUAUCGAGAAGAAGGAACUUAUCACACUGGAGGAGGUAUCACAGACAUUACCAGCUGGUAUCACAGUUACAGAAGCCGACUACGUGCUCGGCCUGUACGAUCUGACUGGUGAAAUGAUGCGAUUUGCCAUCACCUCGAUGAGUACCGGCCGAACAACAGGGGUGAAAGAAGGAGGCGGAGCCGGCCCAGCUAGCUUGGCCAAUGCUAGUGUUGAUGGUGCGGGCGAGGAUAACGUACAAGCCGAAGGGCCUAUGGGAGGAGAGGUUAUCGUUUCUGAUUUACGUCAGCUUCGUGCGAUGUUUGAGAAACUUAAUGUUCCCCGCGGCCUAAGCGGAUGGAAGGAAGUAGAUAAGAAGAUGGAAGUUAUGCAGACAAGUGUUGAAAAGGUUGAGAGGGCUGUGUAUGCUGCAGUCGAAUCGCACUAA